CCACCGUGUCAGUCCCCUCCCCACGUUGGGUGAUUGGGUCUCCCAAGCUAAGCUUACUUUAGUGCUCACUCACACGAUUUCCCACUCUCACUCUCACUCCACCUUGUUCCUCCCAACCCAAUCCACGUUCCCAGAGAAAAAAAAAAAAUAAAAGCUUUAAACAAAAAACACAUUCAAACCGUCCCUUUUCUUAUUUUUAUUUCUAAACAAUAUUCAAUAGUAUCUCAUCUCUCUCUCUCUCUCUCUCUCUCUCUCUCUCUCUCUCUCUCUCUCUCUCUAUUUAUUCACCAAUAAUAUAAUAGCAACAAAACAAAAUAAAAGUGUAAAAGAAAGUUAAGGCAGUCAGAUUCUCACUACUAACACUGCUUUUUUUUUUUUUCUUUUUUUUUCUUUCCUCUUCUGUAACUCAAAUAGCACAGGCAAAAGCUUAAAGCUCUCUCUUUCUCUCUUUUUCACAGUGUAAUAAGACUCUCCCUUUUAUCGUCUUUUUUAUUUUUAUUCAUUAGUUUUUAGUGUGUUUUUACUUACACAUAAGGAUUCUCGUUUUUGCUUUCUUUCACUGUUUUCAUUGGAUGAUCAGAAUAAAUAAUCUGUAGUUGGAGCUUGGUAGUGUAGUUGAAUCGUAGUUGGAGCUUCUGUAGAAGUUUAUUUUUUUUCCCCUGCUUUUUCUUAGUGACCAAACGCAGAAAUGGGAGUGUUAUAGUGAUUGAUACUAUUGUGUGUGUGUGUGUGUUUUUUUUCUGGGUUAUUGGCAGUGUAGAAGAAGUUGUUGAAAAGGAGUGAUAAUGGCUAGGGUUUCAGUAUCGUUGUUGUUGUUGUUCGUGUGGAUAUGGUGGUGGGUAGCUAUGGCGGAGGCAGAGUACGUGAGGUACAAAGAUCCAAAACAACCGGUGGCGAUUCGGUUGAGGGACCUUCUUAAUCGAAUGACUCUAGAAGAGAAAAUUGGUCAGAUGGCUCAGAUUGACAGGAGUGUAGCUAAUGUUUUGACAAUGAGAACUUACUCCAUUGGUAGUGUAUUGAGUGGUGGUGGUAGUACGCCACUUCCUGAGGCUAGUGCUGAAGACUGGGUUAAUAUGAUAAACGAAUUUCAGAAGGGAGCUCUUUCUAGUCGUUUGGGUAUUCCAAUGAUCUAUGGUAUUGAUGCUGUGCAUGGACACAAUAAUGUAUAUAAUGCUACAAUCUUUCCGCACAAUGUCGGCCUUGGAGCUACAAGGGAUUCCGAUCUGGUUCGAAGGAUUGGUGCUGCCACUGCUCUAGAAGUCAGAGCUACUGGCAUUCCUUAUGUCUUUGCACCAUGCAUUGCGGUAUGCAGAGAUCCGAGAUGGGGUAGGUGUUAUGAAAGCUACAGUGAGGAUCACAAAAUUGUGCAAGAAAUGACAGAGAUCAUUCCAGGUUUACAGGGAGAUAUUCCUUCCAAUUCCCGGAAAGGAGUUCCAUAUGUUGGUGGAAAGACUAAGGUUGCUGCUUGUGCGAAGCACUUUGUAGGUGAUGGUGGGACAACAAAAGGCAUCAACGAGAACAACACUUUAACUGAUAUGCAUAGCUUGCUCAGCAUUCACAUGCCCGCCUAUUCUGAUUCAGUUAUCAAGGGUGUCUCAACGGUUAUGAUUUCCUACUCCAGUUGGAAUGGAGAAAAAAUGCACGCAAACCGUGAGCUAGUUACUGGUUUUCUCAAAGAUACCCUUAAAUUCAAGGGUUUUGUUAUAUCAGAUUGGGAAGGAAUUGACAGGAUUACCACGCCACCACAUGCUAACUACACAUACUCUGUCCAAGCUGCUGUUCAAGCUGGCAUUGAUAUGGUUAUGGUUCCUUACAACUACAGUGAGUUCAUUAGUGAUCUUACGAACCUGGUUAAUAGUGGUAUCAUCCCCAUGGAGAGAAUUGAUGAUGCUGUGCAGCGGAUUUUGCUUGUUAAGUUUGCCAUGGGUCUUUUCGAAAAUCCGUUGGCUGAUUAUAGCUUAGUAAACGAGCUUGGAAGCCAGGCACACAGAGACUUGGCUAGAGAGGCAGUAAGAAAAUCAAUGGUGCUGCUGAAGAAUGGAAAAAAUGAAACUAAUCAAAUAUUACCCCUCUCCAAGAAGGUUCACAAAAUCCUUGUUGCUGGUGCUCAUGCUGAUAAUUUGGGUUAUCAAUGUGGUGGUUGGACAAUUUCAUGGCAAGGAUUCAGUGGAAACAAAAAUACAAGGGGAACUACUAUUGCUGACGCUAUAAAAUCAACAGUUGAUCCGAGCACAGAGGUGAUCUACAGUGAGAACCCUGAUGCUGAGUUUGUCAAGUCGAAUGACUUUGCAUACGCCAUUGUUGUUGUUGGCGAGCACCCAUAUGCCGAAACUGCAGGGGACAGCACAACUCUCACAAUGGCUGAUCCGGGGCCCAAUGUUAUCAACAACGUCUGUCAGGGUGUUAAGUGUGUGGUAGUUGUGAUUUCGGGUAGACCUAUUGUGAUUGAACCGUACCUUGCUUCAAUGGAUGCCUUGGUGGCAGCAUGGUUACCAGGAUCUGAAGGACAAGGUGUUGCUGAUGUUCUUUUCGGGGAUUAUGGAUUCACUGGGAAGCUUCCGAGGACAUGGUUCAAGACAGUAGAUCAACUGCCAAUGAAUUAUGGGGAUCCGCACUAUGAUCCACUCUUCCCUCUUGGGUUUGGGCUCAAAACCGAGUCAGUUAAGGAGCUUGUGGCUAGGUCAACAUCAGCUGGUGUUGUUGGAAGGCCAUUUGCUCUUCUCAUUGUGGCUUCUCUAUUUAUUAGUUUAUUUUCUUUUGAGAGGUAUAGUUUAAAUUGGUCCAGGCAUUAAUUAAAAAGGAUAUUGCUUAUUUCUUAUUACACUAAUGAUCAUUUCGUAUCCUUUCUAACUUGAUAUGUUUAAUAAACAGGGGGACGAAGUUUUGAGCAGCUUCAUCUUGGAUUUUUUGAGGUUCUUGUUGGUUGAUUUAGGUUAGACUAUAUUCCUUCCAAAUUAUAAAUUAUUGUUUGAGUAAUUGGCUAGAAUAGAAGCAGCCUCAACCCUUCACCAUUUUUUUUUUUCUAUUUUUUUUUUUUAUUUUUGUAGUAAGAACUUGUUGAAGAUAGUUUGUGACAAUAAUUUCUUCUUAGCUCUUACCAUUUUAGUCAUUAUUUCUUUGAAGCAGCCUCAACCCUUCACCCUUUUUCUUUUGUUUAACUUUUGUAGUAAGAACUUGUUGAAGAUAGCUUAUGACAAUAUUUCUUAGUUCUUAUUUUCCA